AUGAACAUCAAAGGAAGAAAAGUUAAUAAUGGGUACAAGAAGAGGAAGAAUCUGGAAGUGGCAAUGAGGAGCAAGGAAUAUUCCAAGUGCCUUGCAUUGACCAGUGAGUCAAGGAAAAUGGAUGAAGGCACAGCCAAUACUGAAAAGAGUGGCCAAGGAAGUUGUGUCAUCAGGAAGAAGCCAAAUUUCAUGAAUGGCACAGGGCCUGGCCUGGGCACCCUGACAGAUCGCUACACCAUCCACAGCCAGCUGGAGCAUCUGCCGUCCAAAUACAUCAGCACGGGCCAUGCAGACACCACCAAGUGGGAAUGGCCAGUAAACCAGCACUGCCACUUGUACUGCUCCUGCGGGGGCCACUUCGACCUCCUCAACUACUUCGCCAUACCUGAGAAUGAGAGCAAGGCACACAUGCACUUCAACCUGAUGAAGUUGCUGCAGCUCUGUGGACCUCAGGCCAAGAAGCCCGAGGAGAACUGA